GAGGUCGUACUGCUGGCCAAGGUGUCCACUGGCUUCCCCGGUGUGGUCCAGCUGCUGGAGUGGCUCGAGCUCCCCAACUGCAUCGUGAUGGUGCUGGAGCGGCCAGAGCAGUGUCAGGACCUGCAGCGUUUCAUUCGGGCACGGCGGUUCCUGCCCGAGGAGGAGGCGCGGGAGCUGUUCCGCCAGGUGCUGGAGGCCGUGCGGCACUGCACCAGCUGCGGGGUCCUGCACAGGGACAUCAAGCCAGAGAACAUCCUGGUUGACCUGGACACCGGGCAGGCCAAACUGAUUGACUUUGGCUGUGGCACCUACCUGCAGGACACAGUC